UGGUUGGGGGAAGGUUAGUGGUCAGCGCCACGGUGGAGCGGCUCCGAAAUCCCCGAGAGGCUCGUCUGCGCGCAAACAGACUGGCCGGCAGGUUGCCUCCUCGAAUCGCCCGGAGGCGGAAGCGACGCCGGAGGCAGGUCAAAAGACAGAUCAAGAAACAAAAGAAAAAGGAAAGCAAGGGUUUAUUGCCAAAUUUAAAGCUCAAGGAGAUGACUACCUCAGGAAUAUACAAGCUGGACGAUGGGAAACCCUACCUGGGCAACUGCUUUCCAGCCAGAAAUCUGCUACGGAUGCCUGAGGAAGGCCGAGGACACUGGUUAGUGGCUCGGAGAAGUAGUGCUAAGAAGAAAACUGUGCAUGAACCUCAGACAUCUGUUGAAAAUCAACAACAGCUGAAGAAGGUUUCUUUUGAGAUUCUGGAUAAGAAAGCAUCUCAACAGGAAAGCGAAGUAGACAUUUCUAGAUACAUUAUGGACCGGGCUUUUCUGCUGAAACACCAUGGUGUGACAAGGCCAUCAGACCUUUGCAACAUCAACGUGAGUGGCCUAAAGUUAUCCCAGGUGAAUGAAAAGGACUUCAAGCAUUUUACUUCUGUGAUUUAUAUCAAUGCCUCAGAAAACCUGCUGCCUCUAGAGGCAUUUCACACAUUUCCAGCCUUAAAGGAGCUGGAGCUCGCAUUCAAUGGCAUCAAGACAGUCUAUGUGAAAUAUGGAGACUUUAAGUUAUUACAAUUCUUGGACCUUUCCUUCAACAACCUAACUGGGGAGGCCAUCCGUGAUCUGGGGAUUCUGCCACACCUGCGUGUCCUGCUUCUCACCGGCAAUGGGCUCACCUCCCUGCCAGCCAAUUUGGGCGUCACAGAGCAGGACUUCCCUGAGGCACAGAAGAAGUUCCCAAGCUGGGAGGCAUCCAUAACAUCGAUGACAAGCAAGAGGUACAUCCUGAGGUUCCCAGCACUGGAGACACUGAUGCUGGAUGACAACAAACUCUCCAGCCCCAACUGCUUUGCCAGCCUGGCAGGGCUCAGGAGACUGAAGAAGUUAAGCCUGGACCAAAACAAGAUUUCCCGGAUCCCGUACCUACAGCAGGUUCAGCUCCGUGAUGGGUCUGGGGAAUGGGUUGGAGGCAGGGCAAGUCCCAGGAAAGAGUCCCAGUCUGUGCUACAGUCCAAGUCGUGGAAGUCAGAGGCCCAGGAUGAGCAACCAGAUUAUACUGUUCUGCCCAUGAAAAAGGACGUUGACCGCACAGAGGUCAUCUUCUCAUCUUACCCUGGAUUCUCAACCUCAGAGACAACCAAGGUAUGUUUGUUCCCUCCCAUAUUCGAGAUACUUCCUGUGAAGUCACUGAAGGUCAGGAACCAGACGUUGGCCCCACCCUUCCCAGAGCUGAGGUACCUUAGCCUGGCCUACAAUAAGAUCUCAAAGGAGGAUGCCGUCCUACCAGUGGCUCUCUUCCCCUCUCUCUGCGAGCUCAUUCUUCAUAACAACCCUCUGGUGUCCCACACACGAGGGAUCCCACCACUGUUAAAGAGCUUCCUCCAGGAGCGACUGGGAAUCCACUUAAUUCGAAGGAAGUUAAUAAAAGCUAAGCAUCAUAUUUUGAUGCCUCGGAAGGAAUCACGAAAGGUGAAAAGCCAGAUCCCCAAGGUGCCGAAGCAACCCCAGCAGCUAUACAUGGUUACAGCUGAGUCGCCCUUGCGGGAUGUGACAGACCCAGAGGCAGAGCCGGAGGAGGAGCUUCCCUGUGCCAGGAGUGUCACUCAGGACAUACACCUGCCUGCCGAAGGCCUGGAAGGCCUCUCCCUAUCCCGCAGGACCUUCGUGCCGCUGCCCCCCAUCUGCUCUGACUCCACCCUGCAGAGUGAAGAGAGUGCAUCCUGCCCAAGUGACACAGCUGGCCGAGUCAGUCCCGAACACCUGUCGGAUGAGGACAUCAAGAACACGGAGUCCAUCUUCCUGACCCAGGUGAAUGACCUGCCUGGCCCUAGUACCCAGAAAGGUGAUUUGAAGGAGAAGCACCAAAAGAGACCACUCACAGCACCCAGAGAGGUGAAGAGGACUAGACGGAAGCUCCCAUCUGCUACCACAAGCAAGUAUGCGGGCUAUGAGGAACUGCUGACUGCCAAGCCUGAUCCAACCUUCGUGGAGCCCAAGGGCAUCCAGAAGAACGCCCAGGCCCUGCAGCGCAUGCUCAAAUACCCGCUUCUCUGUCGCUCUUCUAAGCCCAAGCUGGACUCUAUUCAGAAACCCUACAUCCCCAAGCGGAAGCGGGCCGCGAGGGUCCCGGUCCCACCCCCGCAGAAGACCCGCGCGCAGGUGCUGGACAACAUCCUCAUUCGCAUGCGGGACCCGCGCAACGUGACGGAGGCACCACUAGGUGCGGUGCUGCGUCGGCGCAGGGAGCAGCGGCUCGUGACUCAGAAGCAGUACCUGGAGGCCAAGAGGCUGCUCAAGGAGUUCCGCGCGCGCUACCGGCAGCUGGUGCGCGGCUCCCUGAGGACAGUGUUCGGGUCGACCCCGCCCCAACCCCACCCAGCGCUGAGCGCGGGGUCCCCCAAGUUCGGCCGCUUCCUCGAGAUCAUGGAUGAGUUCUGCCAGGAGCCCACGACCAGCGACUCACCAGGCUAGGCCUGCGCCCCGGGUCGUGCGCUGCCUGCCUGCGCCCCAGCCCUCCCUGUGGACUCUGCGCCCUUGUCAGGGCCUAGGAGGCUGGGCCUGGCACGGGCCUGAAGGUUCAGCUCCAACUCGAGGGAUGCAGAGUAGGGAGCUCGGCAGGUUCUCCCCUUCUCGGGCUGGGCUGCACCUGGUGCCUGGCCCAGCAGCAAUAAAGAGUGGUGCAUAGAGCAGUGGAGUGCGCGCGGGCAU